ACGGAGGGGACGGCCGUCGUGUCCCAUGUCGUUCAAGUUCGAGCAAGCGACCCAGACUUCAUUCAUCAGAAUCCAGAUGCUCGGCUCGUCGUACCGGAGAGGUGGCGCUACCUAGCGUCGGAAUCGACUUCGCGCUCUUCCGUUUGAAAUGCUUCUCUCACCUCUUUGUGGUAAGCACCGCGUCCGAGGGUCUGCCUUUAGCAACUGUCGAGUUGUUCCUCCGUGUCGACCCUCUUCUACAAGUGGCGGUGGCUGUUCAGAAUCGAACGACUCCCAGCAGUCGGUCAGUGUAAUUCUGGGUUAGCUCACACCAAUGGGAGCCAAAACGGAGCCGCGAUGCUGAAGUGGGUGUGCUACGAGAAGAUCCUAGAGCCGGCGCAGCUGAAACGCCUCGCGCAGCAUUCCUACAAAUGUGAAGGCCGCUCGUUUCUCGAACCGGUGUUUCAACCCUUCUGGAAUGCGGUAACCGCUCGUCUUCCGCUAUGGCUGGCGCCAAACCUCAUGACGAUAGUCGGCCUUGCCGUCAACAUCGUAACGACGCUCCUACUCGUGUGGUACAGUCCCGAUGGGAAGAGCUACGUUCCCGCUUGGUGUCUCCUACUUUCGGCUCUGGGACUGUUCAUCUACCAGACCCUGGAUGCGUGUGAUGGGAAACAGGCUCGACGAACGAAUUCGAGUUCGCCGCUGGGCGAGUUAUUCGAUCAUGGUUGCGAUUCUGUUUCAACGGUCUUCGUGUCGAUUGGAUCCUGCAUCACGAUGGGAUACGGUGCCGUUCCGGAUUACAUGUUUCUCCAGAGUUUCAUCGCGAUUUCCCUCUUCUACUGCGCCCACUGGCAAACUUUCGUUUCGGGCAGAUUGAGCGUCGGCCGUUUUGACGUGACCGAGGUGCAAUGCAUCGUCAUACUAAUCUACGUGCUGACGGCGAUUUUUGGUCCUCAAAUCUGGGAUGUCCGAUUGCCCAUCGGAGACCUCGAGAUGAGAUUCGUCCCGUUCUACAUAGGUCUCGUGAAUGCAUCGCUCGUUUUUCUGCGGCAGUUCAGUGUGAUCCUGUGGGGUGGAGCGGGAAAGAACGGUUCUUCUGUCGCCGGCACAUCGGUACUAUCUCCCAGCAUACCGUACGCGUUGGUGAUAGUACCGGCGUACUGCAUCUUCAAGAAGAGCGAAUCGCACCUCUUUGAGCUCCAUCCUACUCUGUACAUCAUCGCGUUCGGCAUCGUCGCUGCCAAAGUCACCUGUCGCCUGAUCGUGGCUCAGAUGUCGAAAAGUGAAAUGAAGUACACCGACUACGCGCUGGUGGGCCCGGUAUGCCUCUUCCUAAACCAGUACUUCAGCGAGUUUCUACCAGAAGUCUACGUGUUGUACUUCUGCACGCUGAUCGCGUGCAUUGACAUCGUUGCCUACAGCCAUCAGGUCUGUUCGGAACUAUGUGCCCACUUGAAGAUCCAACUUUUCAGGAUAAAGUUCUCUCCUGAAAUGGAACGAAGGACUACGAGGAGUGGCGCUCAGAGAUGACUUGUGAUGUUUUGACGAGAGAGAACACACCGAAAAUAUUAAUUUAAUGACUGUCUGAUGGAGGGUUAGUGUAACACAAUCAAACACAGGCUUAAACACGAAGACAAGAAAACGCGUCACAUCCGAGACGGUCGGAAGCACUUCUUUUCUCCCCCGGAAAUCUGAUAUCCCUGACAAGGCUAUGAGCUUCGGAACACUAGUCUGUCUCUUCCUGAAGUGUGAUUAACUCGAGGAUGAUUAUAGCUAUCAUGAUAAUGAUUAUUAUUAUCAUGAAUGAUAUUAUUAACAGAAGCACUGCUCGAAAACAUUGUCCGCGCUGAGACGGUACUUAGAGAUGAUUGUUUAAUCGACAGCUGUACUGAUUAUACAAAAACCAUAGACUUGCUGCGGCUUGAUUUUCUUUUAGAAUGAUUUCUCGUCUUCGCAUGUUUACGAUUGAUUUACUGCUUGAUUGUUUAAUUUUUCACCGAUCGUUCAUUUGAUCGAUAUUAAUGGGUCGACGACCGAGAGACCCGGAAUGUUUCAAAGCCAUCAUAUGUGGAUCAACGACACAGAUAAUGCUGUUAAAUCAUAAUGUACAGAAGAUCUAUGCUCGAGAAGCGCCAACCGCUCUGAAGGGGUUGAGAUGACGGCGAAUGUCGGAGCAGGAUCCUGGAAGCUGGAAACCGAGUCUGGUUUCGGAGUACGAAAUCACUCGAUCGAUCGGAAGAUGCCGACCGUCAAGAUGAUCAAUUACCCGGCUCGCCCUAGAAGUCGAGCAAUCACACGUGAGCAUCCCAAAUUGAUCCGAUUUGAAAUCGACAAGAAGUUCUGGCUUGCCGUCAUCGAACAAUCCGUGUGUUCGAAAACAUACUACGUCACGAGGGUUGCGGCGGCGGACGUACGUGAGGAAAAGGAAACUGAAGUCACACCGUGAGAGAAAGGGCAGAAUUUCCGGACAUCAGGAGACAUCAACGGAUUUUCAUAAAUGUAUAUUCAAAACAAAACAGGACCCUCCUAGACUCGCGCGCACUUUCAAGGUAUUUGAUUUUCAAGCCAAGAACCAAGCGACCGAAGAUAUCGAAGCGCGUAGGGAGAGUGAAGUCAUGAGCAGCCAGACAAAGACGCCCUCGGUGAGCAUUGCUUAAUUCUGACAGAGAUGGAGAAGAUGCCAAUAAAAUUUAGUCGCCGACCGAAAUGGCAAUCUCUCU